AGCGCGCGAGGAGUGGAGGCGCACGACAGAGCUAGAGCGAGAGAGGCACGCGCGCAAGGGGAGAACAGAAGCAGCGCCCGGGCGCAAUGUGGGGCGUCAGCCGCCGGCUUGCAGCUGCUGAGAAACAGAGGCAGGAACUGGCCUGGGCUCGGGGCAGCUGCAGUUGCUGAAGGCAGGGGGGAGGCCGAGCUGGCGCCGGCGACCCAAACUUUGCCCGUUUGCCUGACAGGACGCGCCUCUUUGAGUCUAUUUUUCUUUCUUCUUUUUUUGGUCGUUUCCCCUUCCUCACAUGGAGACGUUGAGCGCCGUGAGGGCGAAAGUAGGGGCGCGGAGCCCUGGCAGCUGCGAGGCGGCGGGACCCAGCCAGCCCAAGCCUGCCUCGUCUUCGAGUCCCGCUGGAAGAGGCUCUCCAGCUGCGGCGACACCGGAGUCCCACGCUUAUAGACUGGAGGACCUGGAGACCUUGGCCACUGUGGGGACAGGUACUUUUGGGCGGGUUCAUCUGGUGAAAGAAAAAGCAGCCAAAUGUUACUUCGCACUGAAAGUAAUGAGCAUCCCAGAUGUCAUUCGACUAAAACAAGAACAGCAUGUGCACAAUGAAAAAUCAGUCUUAAAAGAAUUGAAUCAUCCAUUUCUGAUCAGACUAUUUUGGACUCACCAUGAUGAACGCUUUCUAUAUAUGUUGAUGGAAUAUGUACCUGGAGGAGAACUGUUUAGUUAUCUGCGCAACAUGGGACGCUUCAAUAACAGCACUGGACUGUUUUAUUCUGCAGAGAUUAUUUGUGCAAUAGAAUAUAUCCACUCAAAAGAAAUUGUUUACAGAGACUUAAAGCCUGAAAAUAUUUUAUUAGACAAAGAGGGGCAUAUCAAGCUUACAGACUUUGGAUUUGCUAAAAAACUGGUUGAUAGGACAUGGACACUGUGUGGGACCCCAGAAUAUCUUGCCCCAGAAGUCAUACAGAGUAAAGGUCAUGGAAGAGCAGUAGAUUGGUGGGCCCUGGGCAUUCUAAUAUUUGAAAUGUUGUCUGGAUUUCCUCCAUUCUUCGAUGAUAACCCAUUUGGGAUAUAUCAGAAGAUACUUGCUGGCAAAAUAGAUUUCCCAAGACAUUUGGAUUUAUAUGUAAAGGACCUUAUUAAAAAGCUGCUUGUGGUUGACAGAACAAGACGGCUAGGGAACAUGAAGAAUGGAGCAGAUGAUGUGAAGAGGCACCGAUGGUUCAGAUCUAUAGACUGGGAUGCUGUACCUCAAAGAAAGUUAAAGCCUCCUAUAGUGCCGAAGGUAUCAAAUGAUGGUGAUACAUCUAAUUUUGAAGCUUAUCCUGAAGAUGACUGGAACAAAACGCCUCCUGUAUCUGCUAGAGACUUAGAAAUUUUCAAAAACUUUUAGGAGUGGGGACACAAAGCUUAUUUAAGAAACUGGAAGAAGAUCAUCCUUGCUGGGAACUCACAAAGAAGAACUGAAAAUAUUAAUGAAGACUUUCUUUGAAAUGAGUGCACGUUGCUCCAUUAUGCACAGUCUUUAAAAUAAUUUUAAGAAUUGGAGGAAUUAAUGAUUUUCAUAUUUAGUUGUUCAGAUUUGGCAUUAGUUGAGUAAACUAAAAUACUGAAGCACCUACCCUGAGGUAGCCUCGUUGAAAAUUGGUAUAGUUUUUUUUAAAAUUAAAGUUUAUAUUUAGUUUGUUUCUUGCUAUGCCCAAAUCUUUUUGCAUAGUUGCCUCAUAUAAAUUAACUUUAUAAGUUUUACUAAAGUUGUCAUUUGA